AAAAUGGUUGAUAAAGGUGAGGGUUAUUCUGCCUAUCAAGAUUUGAAAGACAACUCUUUCUAUCAUGGCUAUCAACCUUUAAAGCCACGCAAGACUCCAAAAUUCACGGCAGAUUUUGGUUUGGGUUCUGGAAUGUUAAAUAUGUUCCAUUAG